GAACUAAUUACUUCAACCAGCUGGCUGAGUUCAUAGGUGGAAAAUAUGAGACAAUAUGACUAAAUAAAUAAACAAAGAGUUGCUCACGACAAGAAGGGUUUGAAUCCUGGCCUGGGCCUUUCUGUGUGGAGUUUGAAUGUUCUCACCGUGUCCGCUAGGGUGAAGGUUGAGAGGUCGGCGCGACACGGAGCGAGCAGACUCCCCGCCCACUCCGGCUCUCAACAGUCAUCAUGGCGGAUGUUCCACACAGCAACAACAAUCACGUCCCGGUCCUUUUCUCGUUUUCUGUGUUUUCACGACCGUCCUCUGUGCCGUUAGGUUCGGGGCACGAAGUGCUUAUCCAGAAGUUUCUGUCAAUAUACGGAUACCAGAUCGACAUCCACCGAAAGUUCGUGAUCCAGCUCUUCUCGAACGAGUGGGGUCAAUAUAUUGAUUUGCCCAAGGGAUUUGUCAUAACUGAGAAAUGCAAGCUACGAUUGGUACCUCUGCAAUUAGAUAUGACGACUCUGGGCAACCUGUCCGCCUCCACCACGGUCUUCUUCUGCUGUGACAUGCAGGAAAGGUUCCGACCUGCCAUCAAGUACUUUGGUGACAUCAUCAGUGUGGGCCAGAGACUGCUUCAGGGCGCUCGCAUUUUGGGGAUCCCUGUGAUUGUGUCGGAGCAGUACCCCAAGGGCCUGGGGAGCACGGUGCAGGAGAUGGACCUGACGGGGGCCAAGCUGGUGAUCCCCAAAACCAAGUUCUCCAUGGUGCUCCCCGAGGUGGAGGUCGCCCUGGCGGAGAUCCCGGGACUGCGGAGUGUCGUCCUGUUUGGGGUGGAGACUCAUGUCUGCAUCCAGCAGACGGCCCUGGAUCUGAUUGGCCGGGGCCUGGAGGUUCACAUCGUUGCCGACGCCUCGUCGUCACGCAGCAUGAUGGACAGGAUGUUUGCCCUGGAGCGACUGGCCCGAACCGGAAUAACCGUCACCACCAGCGAGGCGGUGCUCCUCCAGCUGGUGGCCGACAAGGACCACCCGAAAUUCAAGGAGAUCCAGAACAUCAUUAAAGCCAGCGCUCCGGAAUCCGGCCUGCUGUCCAAGGUGUGAGCGCGGUCCCGCGCGGCAGGCUCGACCCUGUGGGGGUGGGGUGGGGCGAGGGGGGGGACUGCAGGGAGCGCCGCCUAAUUGUGUCCCCGAGAUUUUAGAUCAUGAAAAAGAAGGUUCCCACCUGGCCAGCGUUCAGUAGUUCCGGUCUCGGAAAUGGCAGAUUUCGCCCCAGCCCCGACACCAUCGCCUCCACCUCCACCACUGCAUAUAUUUGCCCCCCCUUGAUUUCUUCUAUUAUUGCAUAUUUGUCACACUCAAUGGUUUCAUAUCUUUAGAAAAAAUAAUAUCAAACAAAGGGAACCAGAGUAAACAGAAAACGCAUUUGUUAAAUAAUUUCAUUUAUUUAAUGAAACAAGUUAUCAAACACUCAUAUCACCUAUGUGAAAAAGUAAUUGCUCCCUUAAACUUAACUGGUUGCGCGAACUUUAGCAAUAAUAACUGCACCCAAACGCUUCCUAUAAUUUGAUAUCAGUCUUUUGCACUGCUGUGGAGGAAUUUUAGCCCACUCUUCUUUGCAGAACUGCUUUAAUUCAGACAAAUUGGUUGAUUUUUGAGCAUGGACUGUUUGUUUCAGGUCCAGCCACAGCAUCUCUGUUGGGUUCAAGUCAGGACUUUGACUAGGCCACUCCAAAACUUUAAUUUAGCUUCUUUUCAGCCAUUUAGAUGUGGACUUGCCGUUGUGUUUUGGAUCAUUGUCUCGCUACAUAAACCAAUUAUGCUUGAGCUUCAGCUCACUGACAGAUGACCAGAUUUUCCCCUUAAGAAUUUUCUGGUUCAGAACAGAAUUAAUGGUUCCUUCGAUAAUGUCAUUCAGAUUCCGAAGCAGCAAACCAUCUCUGCACCAUUUUUGACUGCUGGUGUGGUGUUCUUACUGUGAAAUGCUGUAUGUUUACACUGGACAUAAUGGGAACCGUGUCUUCCAGAAAGUUCCACUUUUGCCUCAUCCAUGCAUAGAACAUUAUCCCGAAAGGCUUGUCGAUCGUCCAGGUGCUUUUUUGCAAAUGUGAGAGGAGCAUUGAUGUUUCUCUUGGUUAGCAGUGGUUUCCGCAUUGCUACUCUUCCAUGAAUCUCAUUUUUUCCCAGUCUCUUAUUGUGGAGUCAUGAGCACUGAGCUUAGUUGAGGCUGAGGAGGCCUGCAGUUCUUUAGAGGUUCAUCUGGAAUCUUUUAUAACUUUCUGGAUGAGUUGUUGCUGCGCCCUUGUAUAAAUUUUGGCAGGCCAGCUACCUCUGGGAAGAUUCACCACUGUUCCAAGUGUUCUCCAUUUGGAGAUAAUGGCUCUCACUGUGGUUUGGUGGAGGCCUAGAGCUUUACAAAUAGCUUUGUAACCCUUUACAGACCGAUAUUUUGAAAACUUUUUUUCUCUCAUCUCUUCUGGAAUUUAAUUGUAUCGUGGCAUAGUGUGCUUGUAGAAACUGUGGUGACUACUUCACUCUGAUGGUAAGGUUGCAUAUGGCAGGUUUAGAUUCAACAGGUCAGGCUGUAAUCAAGCCUGGCUGUGUUCAAUCAGCUGAAUCUAAUUAUCAAUUAAAUUGUUAAUUGGUUGAUUGAGCAACUGAUAAUUUGAUUGAUAAUUAGAUUCAGCUGAUUGAGCACAGCCAGGCUUGAUUACAGCCUCACCUGUUAAAUCUAAACCUCAGUCAUAUACAACCUCACCAU